UCUCUCUCUCCCACAGAUCAGGACAGAGAGACAGAGAGACGCAGCUCUCCUCACUGCUCUCUCUCUCCUUCAUCCCUCCAUCUUCUUCUUCCUCCUCCUCUUCCUCCUCCUCUUCCUCUCCUCCGUCCACAACCUAAACUCUCUCUCUGCUUCUUCUGUGUCUUCUACUCUUUCUGUCUCCUCCAUCCUCCUCACACUCACACGCACACACACACACACACACACACACACACACACACAGGUCUAACUCUUGGCCUUCAUCAUCAUCAUCAUCAUCAUCCUCAGAGGAAGACGGACAGGGAGCCCCCUGACCCCUCGCCCCGCUGGGUCGCCAUGGCAACGGUCAUCUGCACUCGUUUCACCGAAGAGUAUCAGCUGUAUGAAGAGCUGGGCAAGGGAGCGUUUUCAGUGGUGCGACGCUGUGUGAAGGUGCUGUCAGGCCAGGAGUACGCUGCCAAGAUCAUCAACACCAAGAAACUCUCUGCCAGAGAUCAUCAGAAGUUGGACCGCGAAGCUCGAAUCUGUCGUUUACUGAAGCACCCCAACAUCGUUCGGCUCCAUGACAGCAUCUCAGAGGAGGCGCACCAUUACCUCAUCUUCGACCUUGUCACAGGUGGAGAAUUAUUUGAAGACAUUGUAGCCAGAGAAUAUUACAGUGAAGCUGACGCCAGCCACUGUAUCCAGCAGAUUCUGGAGGCGGUGCUACACUGUCACCAGAUGGGUGUGGUCCAUCGAGACCUGAAGCCGGAGAACCUGCUGCUGGCCUCAAAGUCUAAAGGGGCGGCGGUCAAACUGGCCGACUUCGGACUCGCCAUCGAGGUGGAGGGAGACCAGCAGGCCUGGUUCGGCUUUGCGGGGACUCCAGGGUAUCUCUCUCCAGAGGUUCUGAGGAAGGAUCCAUACGGGAAAGCAGUGGACCUCUGGGCCUGUGGUGUGAUUCUUUAUAUCUUACUGGUCGGUUAUCCUCCAUUCUGGGAUGAAGAUCAACAUCGUCUCUACCAGCAGAUCAAAGCCGGAGCUUAUGAUUUUCCCUCUCCUGAAUGGGACACAGUGACUCCUGAAGCCAAAGAUCUGAUCAAUAAGAUGUUAACGAUCAAUCCAUCCAAACGGAUCACAGCAGCCGAAGCUCUCAAACACCCCUGGAUCUCACACCGGUCCACCGUGGCGUCCUGUAUGCACAGACAGGAAACAGUCGAGUGUCUGAAGAAGUUCAACGCCAGGAGGAAACUCAAGGGAGCCAUCCUAACGACCAUGUUGGCCACCAGGAAUUUCUCCGGAGGAAAGAGUGGGAGCAACAAGAAGGCCGACGGAGUGAAGGAAUCAUCUGAGAGCACAAACACCACCAUAGAGGAUGAAGAUACCAGAGUGAGGAAACAGGACAUCAUUAAAGUUACUGAGCAGCUCAUCGAGGCGAUCAGCAACGGAGACUUUGAGAGCUACACUAAGAUGUGUGACCCGGCUGUGACGGCGUUCGAGCCCGAGGCGUUGGGAAAUCUGGUCGAAGGUCUCGACUUCCACCGCUUUUAUUUUGAAAACUUGUGGUCUAAGAACAGUAAACCGGUCCACACCACCAUCUUGAACCCGCACAUCCACCUGGUCGGGGAGGAAGCCGCGUGCAUCGCUUACAUCAGAGUGACGCAGUACAUCGACGCCAACGGGACGCCACGCACCGCCCAAUCAGAGGAGACCAGGGUGUGGCACCGCCGCGACGGGAAGUGGCAGAUCGUCCAUUUCCACCGCUCAGGCUCCGCCUCCACACUCAACAAUUAACUUCCAGAGUGGGCGGGUCUUUGAAGGGGCCACCGUUGCCAUGACAACUGAUUGAUUGACAGCAGGCCAGGCGUCUGACACCAACCAUUCAGGAUUUAGUUUGAGAAAAACAAGAUGGAGGAUGAGGAGGGCGGGGCCAGAAAGCAGUGAACUGCACAACCAAUCAAACCAAUCGACCAAUCAGCUUCCUCUGAACUUCAGCCACGCCCCCUCGUGAUUAACCAAUCAGCUUCCUCUGGACUUCAGCCACGCCCCCUCGUGAUUAACCAAUCAGCUGCAGCACAGAUUGUGAAAACCUCUUAUCUUCUUCAGGAUGAUUCAAAUACAUUUAAUUAAUUAGUUAUUAAUUUGAGCCUCGGUUUAAAACAACAUUUGUUAAUUAAGUUAAUUUAUAUGAAACAUUUUCAGAUUUUAAUUCGAUUCAAUAAUCAGAUAUUUAACAAAUGAUUGGAAACAUUAAUGAUAGAAUGUAUUAAUGAGAUUUUAAUAGUUUUUAUGGUUAAAAUAAUGUUACAGUUGUUUUUAAAGAAUCAGGGUGUCAAUUAACAGAUUAAUUGAUUGUAAUCUAUUAAGUGUUUUUAAAAGGAAAUUAAUCUGUGAAAAUAUAAUCAACAAUCUAUUAAUGAAUUUAUUAAUAUCCCAUUCAACAAUGUAAGUUAUCAUAACUUAAUAACACCUUUUAAUUAAACACUUGUUGAUGUUUAGUAAACUAACUGAGUUUGUCUAAUUAUAAAAGUCUGAUCACUUAAAAAGAUCAAUUAAGAUUAUUACCUUCAUUAUUUUAACGCCUUUAAUUCAUCUGAAUUCACACAAUAAAUUUAAUUUCAUCUUCAAUCAAUGAGCAAACUCAUCAUCGCCGUUACGUGGUGAAAGUUACAGCCACAUUUGGGAUUAAUCAAUGAAUAAUUAAUGAGAUUAAUUGAAGACGAAGUUCAUAGAGGAAGUUUGUGGAUCAGUGAGCAGAUUUAUUCUCCGUAAUUUAUUUAAUUAAUUAAUUAAAUAUAAAUAUAAUUAAUAUUUCCCUGGAGAAUAACACCAUCAAGUGACGAUAACUAAAACAAAUACAAUUAUUUACGGAGGCCAGGAGUCGCCAUGGUUGCCAAUUAUUAUUAGAUUAGACUUUAUAAUAUUUUACUAAUUCAGUAAUAUUUUUAUUAUUUUUACGCCAACAAAUAAAAAACAUUAUUUUAAAAAAACAUUAUAAAAAAACACCAAAUCAUACAAAUAACUGCUGAAUAUGUGAAAGAAUUUAUAUAUUUAUUGAUUUAAAUAUAUUUAAUCUUAAACAGUUAAAUACUCUUUACAGGCCGACUUUAUUAUAAUAAAUAAAGUUUGUGCUCAUUGUGUGUUUUACAUUUUCAAUCAAUUAAUAAAUGACUUUUGAUUUUAAAGCUGCUGUAACAACAAUAUAAAACAGAGUAAAUGUAAUAAUAAUAAUUCAUAUUUAAUAAUUAAUAUUUAAUAAAAGCAGUUCAGGAAAUGCUGAAAACACCACGAUGAGUUUUGGAUGUUGGACGCUCAUCUCUCUGCUUCCAUCGGGCUCGGAGAGCGCCACACGCUUCCACCGCUCUCCGUCCUGCGAUCUUCCAUGAACAGCCACACCUCCACCCGACCCCCGACCCUUGACCCCGACCCCACCGACCCUCCCGCCAGGUGUCCUAACGAGGAGGGCCUUAACGAGCUGUCUGCCUGCGCUGCACUCCAGCUUCAUCAGAGGAAGAAACUUUAGUUCGCUACGGUUUUAGAUUUGGAGGCAGCGGGUCUCCGGUGAGAGGAAGUGACAAAACAGGAAGAGGAAGAAAAGAAGGAAAAUGAUUCUCCAAAAUAAAAUGAAAUCUAAUUACAGUUAAUUAAAGUUUCUAAAUUCAACAAAACAUUAAAAAUAAUUUAAUUAAUUCAUAUUUAAUUAAAGGUACAGCUGCUGCUGGACGCUGUCUCUUUAAGAGAGUCUGGUUUCCAUAUUUCUGAUUAUUGAUCUCUGGAGACAAACAAUGAAUCAAUAUCACCCAUCAUCUUUCGUCAACAGCCGAAAAACAACUCAUCUGUACGGAGUCCCAGAAGUGACAAAAAUAACUCAUACGUUUACAUGAAUAUAUAAAUUAGUGAUCAUUUUAUUUUUAAAAAAUGAUUUUUUUGUUUUUUUUUGUUAAAAGUGGGAAUAAAAUUUAAUUAAAUAAUUAAUUACAAAAACAGUAACAAUAUGUUUUAGAUUUAAGUUUUAUUAACAAUGACUAUUAACUAAAAGUAAGUAAAGUUUAUUUAUAUUUCACUUCUAAAAACAUACAGAUAAAGUUAUUCACACACAUAAAGUAAAAACAAGAAAAGACGAAUAAAUUAACAAUGAGUAAAAAUCAGCCUUUAAACUCAAAUAUGCAUUAAAAAUAUAAAACAAAAGUCUCAUUUAUGUGAUGGUGUUUAGUUUUGCCCUCAUGUACGUUAUGGAAAAACUUAAAAGGACUAAAGAUUUAUAUUUGGGAACAUUUCAGACAUCAGAGAAGCUGUUUUUGUCUCUUCUGAGCCUCCGUACAACCCGUUGUGUUGGCGGUGUGAAACCUCAUAUCUCCGUUUACAUCCGUUAAUUAGGAGCCUUAAUGAAUUAAUAUCCUGACUCUAAGUUUGAGGGACAGCUCGUGUUUCUUCCUCUUCAGUGAUGGCGUUUACUUUCUGUACAGACGAUGUGAUUUUCUGCAUGCAGGACUUUUGUGUUUCGUGUUUUGGCGUUCGCGGCUGCCAUGUUGUUUUCCAGACUUGACUCGGACUUGUUAGCUUUGUUAGCAUUCCUCACUGGGAGCGAUGGUGUCUGCUAGCCACGAGCUAACAAAACGCCGGCGGUGCCGUCUUUGAUAUUCUGCGACCUUUGACCCGUUGUGUUCGUCUCAGAAGCUUUCAGCAGCUUUUUACCGUCGGGAGAAUGUAGAACUUUGUACAAUCAGAUUCUUACUAUGAUGAUAUUAUUAUUCUCGAUAUAUCGCGUUUGUAUAUUUAAAGCUUUGUAAUGUUUGACUCGGACAUCCAGUGCUCGCGUUGUGUCUCUGUGGAGAACACAUUGUGUAUUCUUAGCUUUAUUAUUUAUGUUAGUAUAAUAUGGAUUAUAGCGUGUUCGCCACAACGCCGCUGCCUUUUAUUUGACAUCUCGGUGCCAUUUGGCGUCCCGGCUCAGGAAAUACUGAGGAGGCUGAACGUCGGGUCAAAGGUCAACCCCGACUGUUUCCAAAUGACCUUUGACCUAAGAGACGAGGGCUGGGCUACACUGGUUGACGGAGCCUGGUGCUAAAUUGACCGUUCUUAAGCCCCGCCCCUUUUGGAACCCCAUGCUACAUGCUAAGCUAACCUAUGUUGAAAAGACAACCACAUAAAGUCACACCUUAAGUGAGCUAAUGUUAGCAAAACACUAGCUAGUUAGCUCGUGUUUUGCUAACAUUAGCUCACUUGAGAUGUAACCAUCUUCAAAAUGUGGUUGUCUUUUAUACAUAGGUUAGCUUAGCAUGUAGCAUAUGUAAGUACAGGAAAGGAGGAAGUUGACCAAAGCUUACUCAACUGUGAUUGGAGCACAGAGGGAAAGGGGGCGGGGCUUAAUGGUCUGCUGUUUAGUGUUAUACCGUCUUAAAGCUCCACCCACUGCCGAAACCUGACUGCACACAGGAAGUGAUGUCAUUAGUGGUAUUUGUAAAGAUUCUCUGAAGAUCAGUAAAAACUGACUAAAGCUCAAAGUUUAUUAAUUUAUGAGUUUAAUAAAGGCUAAUAAUUCCUUUUAGAUGUUUCAGUUAAAUGUUUAUAACACUGUUAACGGAUUAAAAUCAGUCCCUCCAGGAACACUGAGCCAAACGUCACCAAACUACUGGAGAUUUCAUUCUUACUGGAACAAUUGCUUCAGUUCUUAAUGAAUUAUACAAAAAAGUCACAACUUUAUUUUCACUUUUUCACAAUUUCAUUGAAGAAAUGUAAAAAUGUAGAAAAUGUAGAAGUGCGGCUGUGAAAUGAGGAAUUUUAGGCUUCAACAAUCCCCAAAAAGCAGAGAAAUCCUGGAGGGAAGUUAAUAAAAGAAUAAAACACAUUAUUAAAGUUCAGACAGGUGAUUUAUUAUUUAGAAAUUAAACUUUUCUGUGAAUGUUGAAGUGUAGUUUAUUGAUAAAACCAGCCCACAUUGAAGUGUUUGUUCCCUGAGGUCAGCCUCUCGGUGUAGACACUGUCGGGACUCCGUAUGGCGCCUGCAGAGUGAAUGGCUGUUUUCUACAGUAGAACUAGUCUGUGUUUUCUAAACCUCCACUUUGACCUUUUAAGACACUUGAAAGUUUUCUUUAUUCGUGGUGGAAAUGUUUGAGCACCGGGGACGCUCAGACGCUCCCUGCUAAUAUCUGAGAUGUCAUUUUUUAGAACCGUUUUGGUGUUUUAUGCUUGAAACUGAAGAAUUCAUCUUAAAGCAGAUUUCACUUGUUAUGAACAGAUGUUUUUCCUGUUUUUACCAGAUGUUCAGUGGCUGCUCCGUAUUUAUCCUCAUGAAUCCAAAGCAGAAAACUUCCAACCUUCAAAUAAUUGUAUGUGAACGACUUUUUGCUCUCGAUAUUCGCUCAGACAGACGAUUUGAAUGUUUGACCUCCUGGUUGGAGGUUCGUUCGCCUCUGGAAGCUUUUCUUAUCCACCAGACAGGAAACAGCGGGAGGAGGUCGCUGCUCACUGUUAGCAUUGUUAGCAAUCCCUAGCCGUUCCUUUAGCCACAACUUAACAGGUUUUCAACAAGCUAACAGCAUGCAGUAGUUAUAGUACAGAAUGCUAACGAUGCUAACUGCUGGUGCGAAAAUAAGUCACAAUAAAUUAUCUUAAUUAAUUCAAUCGUUGUUAAAUCUGAAUUUAGGACAAAAAACUGAAGCUUCUGUUGAUUAAAACAUAAAAUCAAAUUUAUUAAAUUAAUUUAUUAAUUAAUUACCAAAUUAAGAAAUGCAUAGCAGCAGCAUGCUAACGUUAGCUCGAAAGCCACCAACCAAACUGUUUUUAGUAUUUAAGAAAAACAAGAUUUUACAUUUUAUUUCUUCAUUUAACUGUUUUUAAAAUAGUUUAAUAUUAUCAGAGUUUACCUUAAACAUGCACAAUAUGUCUAAUUAUAGAAUAUAAAACCUCUUUAUGUCGUUAGCUGACAGGAACUCGACCAAACUUUGACUUUAACUUGAAGAAAACAUUUCAAAUUGAAUUAGUUUAUUUAACUGUUAUAUAUAUAUAUAUAUAUAUAUAUAUAUAUAUAUAUUUGAUCUUCCUACAGUUCUUUUAUUAAACUUUGAACAUUUGUCAUUAAAUUAAAGAUUCUCCGGGUUUAUUGAUCAUUUGGAUUUUACUUAUAAACGGAAAUGAAAAAGAAAUAAUAAAUAAAUAAAAGUCCUCGCUGUUUCCUGUCUGCCUUCGUCUCGCUCUGCAAAAUCAAUAAUCAAUAAUCAAUAAUCAGCUCCUUCAUAUCCACUCAGCUUUUUCUACUACGAUGGAUAUUGUACUGUACGGUAUUAACUCCGAUGCUGCAUGCUCAGUGUGUAACAGUGUGUGUGUAACAGUGUGUGUGUGCGAGAGAGUGUGUGUGUUUUUAAUCUUUUUAUUCUUCUUCUGCAUCGUGUUCAAAGUGUUUCUGUAAAUAAACUGAAGUGGUCAAAC